GCAAUUAGCAAAAGAGGGAAGAGAGAGAGAGAGAGUAGAGAGUAGGGAGAGAAGUACCCAAGUAUUGUCAGGUGUCUGUCGCACUGUCUCUGGCGACGUUUUCAGGUUAAUUGAAAAAUGGCCUAAUCGCAACCGGAUCGAACACACACACACACACACAAACAGUCGCUCUCAAUUCCCAAGGCUCCGAUCUUAUGUAAUUAUAGGUGUAUCUAUAUGCGGCUUAAGCUUAACAAAGACUCAAACUUUCGUGUCAAAUGUCUUCUGGCCUCUUUCUUUCUUCUUAGGGUUCCUUCUCUCUCUUCUUUUGGGGUGGGCCGUACUGCUGCUUCUUCUAGGGUUUUGAAGCUGAACAUUUAAAAUAGUGAAAAGGGUAAAAUAAAAAAGGGUUUUUGGUUUGGUGGGUGCUCUGUAGCUCUGAGGUGGGAGUGAAAUUCAUGCAAGCUGGAGGUGAUUUGAGAGAUAUAGAUUGAUUUGGACUUGGGGUUUUCCUAAAUUGUGGGGUUUGAUUGGACUGAAUCUAAAAUGUGCAAAGAUCUUGGUGACCGAGAUUGAGUGCUUGGACUCGGCGGAGAAGAUGGAGAAUCGCAUGAGUUGCUCUACUGAUUGAUAUUUUUGUCGGAAGAGAAAUCAAAGCUCUCAAAAAUGCAUUUCACUAAGCUCGAUGACUCUCCUAUGUUCCGCAAGCAGAUACUAUCCAUGGAGGAAAAUGCGGAAACUUUGAGGGAGAGAAGUUUGAGGUUUUACAAAGGAUGCCGAAAAUACACUGAAGGGCUUGGGGAAGCAUAUGAUGGGGACAUUGCUUUUGCUAGCGCCUUAGAAACUUUUGGCGGGGGGCAUAAUGAUCCAAUCAGUGUGGCUUUUGGAGGUCCUGUUAUGACUAAAUUUACUAUCGCAUUGAGAGAAAUUGGGACGUACAAGGAAGUUCUUCGAUCCCAGGUUGAGCAUAUGCUAAAUGACAGACUGUUACAGUUUGUGAAUAUUGAUUUGCAUGAGGUCAAGGAAGCGCGGAAACAUUUUGACAAGGCUAGCCUUGUUUAUGACCAGGCUCGUGAGAAAUUUCUCUCACUGAGAAAAGGCACAAAGAGUGACGUGGUUACCCUUCUUGAGGAGGAGCUUCAUAAUGCAAGGACUACAUUUGAGCAAGCUCGUUUUAGUCUGGUGACUGCUCUUUCUAAUGUUGAAGCGAAAAAGAGGUUUCAAUUUCUGGAAGCGGUCAGUGGAACAAUGGAUGCACAUCUUCGUUACUUCAAACAGGGUUACGAGUUGUUGCAUCAAAUGGAGCCAUAUAUUAAUCAGGUCUUGACAUAUGCUCAACAAUCAAGAGAAAGAUCCAAUUAUGAACAGGCUGCUCUUCAUGAAAGGAUGCAAGAUUACAAACGACAGGUUGAUCGAGAGAGUAGGUGGUCUUCUAAUGGUUCUAAUGGAUCUCCCAAUGGGGACGGGAUACAAGCCAUUGGUAGAAGUUCGCAUAAAAUGAUAGAUGCUGUUAUGCAGUCUGCUGCAAAGGGAAAGGUUCAAACCAUUAGGCAAGGUUACCUCUCAAAACGUUCCUCUAACUUAAGAGGUGACUGGAAAAGAAGGUUUUUUGUUCUUGAUAGCCGAGGAAUGCUCUAUUACUAUCGGAAACAAUGCAGCAAACCAUCUGGAUCCGGUAGUCAACUUUCUGGUCAAAGGAAUAGUUCUGAGCUUGGUUCUGGACUGCUGAGUCGGUGGCUUUCUUCUCAUUAUCAUGGUGGAGUGCAUGAUGAGAAAUCUGUUGCUCAUCACACAGUGAAUCUGCUUACAUCAACUAUCAAAGUUGAUGCUGACCAGUCAGAUCUGAGGUUUUGUUUCAGAAUCAUUUCACCGACAAAGAACUAUACUUUGCAGGCAGAGAGUGCACUUGAUCAAAUGGAUUGGAUUGAAAAGAUAACAGGGGUUAUUGCUUCAUUACUUAGCUCUCAAGCUCCUGAGAGGUUUCUGCCUGCUAGUCCCAUGGGAAGCCAUCGUCAUUCUGCCAGUGAGAGUAGUUCAUUUGAGAGUUCUGAUUUUGAUCACACUGGAGUUGAAGAACUUGUGUCCGAGAGGAGCCUUACUUCUGCAAAUUCUGAGCGCCCAUUGAGAAGCUCACAACAUCAAAGAUCAUCUUUAAAAACCGAAAAGACAAUUGACAUGCUACGACGAGUAUGUGGGAAUGAUAAGUGUGCUGAUUGUGGUGCCCCAGAGCCAGAUUGGGCAUCAUUAAAUCUUGGUGUUCUCGUUUGUAUUGAGUGCUCCGGUGUUCAUCGUAAUCUUGGUGUACAUAUCUCAAAGGUAAGGUCUCUUACACUGGAUGUUAAAGUGUGGGAGCCUUCCGUUAUAAAUUUGUUUCAGUCUUUGGGUAAUGCCUUUUCCAACUCUGUCUGGGAGGAACUUUUGCAAUCAAGAACUGCCUUUCAGGUUGAUCUGAUAUCCACAGGGUCAUACAAGUCCGAUAAAAAACAGCUAGUUUUUAUCAGCAAACCCAGUCAGAGUGAUUCUAUACCAGUAAAGGAGAAAUUCAUUCAUGCAAAGUAUGCAGAAAAGCUUUUUGUCCGGAAACCAAAAGAUGCACAAUAUACUCAUUUGGUAGCACAACAGAUUUGGGAGGGUGUUCGUGCUAAUGACAAAAAAGCUGUAUAUCGUCACAUUGUUAAUUCUGAACCAGAUUUGAAUGCGGUGUAUGAGCAAGCAUCAUGUAACUCUUCAUUAACCCUUGCCAAAGUAAUGCUGAUGCAUGAGCAGACUAGCCAUGACCAAGGCUCGAGCUGCUUAGCUGGGGAUUCAUUAGACAAGUCGUCACAUAGCUCUUCAAACUUGAGUGGUACAAGUGAAGGCCAGCAAGUUGAGGAUCUAGAUGGGUGCACUCUUCUCCACCUUGCUUGUGAAACUGCAGACAUUGGCAUGCUUGAACUCCUCUUACAGUAUGGAGUGAAUAUAAAUGUGAUUGAUUCAAGAGGUCACACACCACUCGACCGUUGUAUUCUGAGAGGCAAAAACACAUUCGCAAAAUUGCUUCUUACAAGGGGAGCUGAUCCACGAGCAUUAAAUGGGGAAGGGAAAACCCCCCUUGAACUGGCAGUGGAGUCAAACUUUGAUGAUAGCGAGGUCCUUGCUAUGUUAUCGGACUCCAAUGGAUGAAACCCUCAUAUUAGCAACCAAACUAAACUAUCC